GGCUGCUUGAUUUGCAGCUGAGGCUAGGCGCCCUGUCACUUCCUGUGUCACGGUCACCAUGUCUGUUGUCACUGAACGGGGUAAAAACCGGAAAGAUGAUGGAAGACGGAAUAAAUAUUCGGUGCUGCUGCCCACCUAUAACGAGAGGGAGAAUCUGCCGCUUAUCGUGUGGUUGCUGGCCAAAUAUUUCGGAGAGAGUGGAUAUGAAUAUGAGAUAAUCAUAAUUGAUGAUGGAAGCCCGGAUGGGACAUUGGAAGUGGCUCAGCAACUGCAAAAAAUUUACGGAUCAGACAAGAUUUUGCUUAGGCCAAGAGAGAAAAAGCUGGGGUUAGGAACGGCGUACAUUUACGGCAUGCAGCAUGCUACCGGAAAUUUCAUCAUCAUCAUGGAUGCCGACCUGUCACACCAUCCUAAAUUCAUCCCAGAGUUCAUCAAAAAACAGAAGGAAGGCAACUUUGACAUUGUGUCUGGGACCCGAUACAGUGGAAAUGGAGGUGUUUACGGUUGGGACCUAAAGAGGAAGCUUAUCAGUCGAGGAGCGAACUUUCUUACUCAGGUCUUACUGCGCCCUGGAGCCUCCGACUUGACUGGAAGUUUUAGGCUUUAUAAGAAAGAAGUUCUGCAAAAGCUGGUGGAUCACUGUGUGUCCAAAGGAUAUGUAUUCCAGAUGGAGAUGAUCGUGCGAGCUCGGCAAUUUAAGUACACAAUAGGAGAGGUGCCGAUUUCCUUUGUGGAUCGUGUCUAUGGAGAGUCCAAGCUUGGGGGUAAUGAAAUUGUCUCCUUCUUAAAGGGACUGUUAACCUUAUUUGCCACCACAUGAGUCGGGACAGAAGAUGACGUCCACCACCUUCAGGAGAGAUCACAUUUUCUCCUUCAUUUUUCUUUUGGGAAAAACUUUAAUCUGACUAAAUCGAAGUUUUUACAUCUAAUGGUGACAGAGUAAGAUGAUGUCAAAUAGACAGAUGAAGAAAUAUAUAGAAUAUUUUGUAAAUUCCUUUUUUUCACCUCUAUUUUUUGUUUGUUUGUUUUUUGGUGAAAAAAAUGUAUGACCGAACUAGGAAUGAAAACACAGACCCAGGCUCAUUCCACAUCCUGGUGUUUUUUGGAAUUAUAUAAAGUUUAAUCAUAUAUUGUAAAAUUCUGUUACUCUUUAUAAUAGUUAUCAGGCCUCUCAUGGUACACAGGCUCCCCCACCAGCAGACAUUAUUCCAGCAAACCUGUGCGGCCAUACUAAAAUCUCAACUAAUUCGCAGCUAGUGGAGAUUUUAACAGCAGUUUAUGCUGUUUUGGCAGAGGAAAACUGCCUUAAAGUGUUCUCGCUAGUGCCAGCGGAAAAGGCAAAUAAUCGCACAACAUCUGCAGCUAAAGCAGAAAUAAUGCUAUUAUUCACAGUUUUUACCAUUGAAAAAAAAAAAGUACCUUUACCCCUGUGUUUCAAAUUCUUACCCUUUCCAAGAGCUAAACGGAACCAUACCUGUUUGUAUCCACAGACUUAAGUCCUCCUUCCUAAAAGUGCCUAU